GGAAAAGAAAUGAAAGUCAAUUCCAGUGUCUUAACUUUUUCUCGGUGCUGUAUUGCUGUCAAUAUAAACCCUUUAUUUUAUGUUUUCUUAGUUAGGGUUCUUGUUUCUGUUAUCGUUCUUCGUGGCUGUGAAAAGCGCGAUCAUUGGUGCGUAGUUUUUCGAGCGUUUAACACAGUGGGCGAUUUCACCCAAACUGCUGUUUUGAAGGGUCAAAGUUAGUUGGGGAAUACAAUGGCUGCAAAACAGGGGCCUUGCAUUCCCACGUCUGAUUGGGAAUUGCGGAAUUUUCAUAGACUUCAGUCAGCAGUGGAAGACGUGAAUACUGGAAGACGUGGAAGAUGUGAAUACUGGUGGAGAACACCGGUUAACAACAAAGCAGAGGGGACCAAUCUUUUGGUUGUUCGUGUAUUUGUUGAACUCUUUAUUCUUGAUACGCAAGAAAAAAUACUAGCAGGCAUCCAUUGGGCGAGGCACAAUACGUAUCACCUACGUGCCUACUUUUCUCGUGUUUUGGUACUUGGUUUUAUGAUGGACAUGGUUUUAGCUGCAAAUGAUGCUCCACAACAAGCUAUCACACACCCGGGUAACAACAACAAACCCUGGGUGAUCAGUGGUGUCAUUACUGCUGCUGUCCUUCUCCUUGCAAUUUUCAAUCUUCUUGUUUGUUACCUAUGUUCCCGAAGAAGAACACUCCACAAGAGUGUUCAGCCGAGUAACCAGGAAUACAAAGGUGGGCCCGCCUACACUUCGUAUUCUUUCAGCGAGAUCCAGAUUGCAACUAAAAACUUUGACGAGGCUCGAGUUAUCGGCGAGGGUGGGUUCGGGAAGGUCUACAUUGGAACACUCAACGAUGGGACCAAUGUAGCUAUCAAGCGCGGGAGUACGCUUCACGACCAAGGCGAGAAGGAAUAUAGAGCCGAGAUUGCAAUGCUUUUGAGGCUCCGCCAUUAUAACCUCAUUUCUUUUCUCGGUUGUUGUUCCGAAAACUCGGAGAUGAUACUUCUAUACGAGUACAUGGAAAAUGGAACCCUCCGUCAGCGUCUUUAUGACAGCAAAAGCCCCCUACCAAACAAUGAUCCGUUAACGUUGAAUCAACGGCUCAAGAUUGCAAUACAUUCAGCAAACGGUCUGCACUACCUUCACACAGGUUUCGAGAGCCCCAUCAUCCACCGCGACGUGAAAACAUCCAACAUUCUCUUAGACAAAAACCUCAAUGCCAAAGUGUCUGAUUUUGGACUAUCAAGAGAGCGCCCUGUUGUGGAUAAGGCACUAAGCAGUCUUGUGAAGGGUAGUUUCGGGUAUCUAGACCCGGAAUAUUACUUGCGACAUAGGUUGACCGAGAAGUCGGACGUGUACUCUUUUGGUGUCGUGCUUUUUGAAAUGUUAUUUGGACGCCCUGCCCUGGAUGAAACACGUCCCACAGAGCAAUGGGUCUUGUCUGAAUGGGCACUACACUGUUACAGAAACAACAUUCUUGAGCAGAAUAUCGAUCCGUAUCUCAUGGGUGAAAUGUUGCCACAAUGUUUGGAGGUAUAUGCCAAAACUGCAGCCUCUUGUCUUGCUGACAAGGGAGAAGAUAGGCCGUCAAUGUGGGAAGUACUUGUGAGUCUCCAGCGGGCCUUGGCUGUUCAAGAGAGGCGAGAGGUUUUCCUCCAGAUGCCACCCAACGGUUUUGAUGGAGUUGUAGGAGGUAAUUAACGAGGUUGUUAAGGGGGCUGGCGGUUUGUUAUUUAGCAUAUAUUAAGCUUUGUAGAUUGGAAAUUGAUGUUAAAUUGUUAAUAGUUCUUGCUUCUUAUUUUUAUGCAUCAAUUGUUUUUUUUUUA